UUCACACAACCUGUUGUGAUUCUCGGCUCAGCCACGGCCGCGAUUGAUCUCCUGGAGAAGCGCAGUGCUAGAUACUCCAAUCGACAGCGCUUCGUGUAUUUCGAAGAGAUGAUUGGAUGGACGGGGAAUGUUGGGUUCAAUCAAUACAACGAGAGGUGGAAACGCAUAAGGAGGUGGUAUCAACAACGGCUAGUUGCAAAAUCCUCUGCGAUCAACUAUCAUCCAUUACAAUACCGUCAAGUGCGCCGUCUUCUACACGGAAUUCUACAAAACCCCGAGGACUACGCGUAUCAGCUGAAACGACAUGCUGCGGGGAUCCUGUUUGAGGUCAGCUACGGGGACACUGUCAUGUCGCUGAGCGAUCAUCAGGUCAUCAGGUCGACGGAGGAUAGCAUACGAGACUGUCUCGUCGGAAGCAGCUUCGGCUCUGCGCUGGUGGAUUUUUGCCCCAUCAUGCAGCACCUACCUGCAUGGAUGCCUGGUAUGAGCUUCAAGUAUAUCACGGAGAAGGCUCGAAGAGCUAUAGUACAGAUGGAAAGCUUACCGUACAAUGCGGUGAAGAACGCGAUCGAAGAUGGCACGGCGAAACCCUCGUUGACGACGGACCUGAUACGCGAGUGCUCGACGAAAGGCGAGUUGAGUGCGAAGGAUGAACGCGACAUCAUGGGUGCCGCAGGGGCACUAUACUCAGGGGGUGCCGAUACGUCUUUAACAACCAUGAUCGUCUUCAUACUUGUUAUGGUUCAGCAUCCUGCGAUCUUCAGGACGGCGCAGGAGGAGAUUACUCGCGUAGUAGGCGACUCGAGGCUUCCAGAUUUCGGGGACAGGGAGUCGCUGCCAUACCUCGAAUGUAUCAUCAGAGAGGUGUACCGAUGGUGCCCGGGCCUUACUACAGGUGUCCCUCAUCAAGCAGCAGAAGAUGACAUAUAUCGCGGCUACUUUAUACCAAAAGGUUCCACCGUAAUUGCGAAUCUAUGGGCGAUUUUCCGGGACCCCAAUAUGUACCCAGAACCGAAUGUCUUUAGACCUGAGAGAUUCCUCGACGCCGACAGAGAUGAUACGUUCGAUCUCAAAGAUCCAAAGAAACUAGUCUUUGGAUUUGGGCGGAGGAUAUGCCCGGGGCGAUACUUUGCUGAUGAUACUGUGUGGCUCGCAGCCGCCUGUAUCAUAGCCACCAUGGAUAUUGGCAAGGCGCGGGACGAGCACGGCAAGGAGAUUCUACCCACGCCGAAGUUCAUCUCUGGGGCUGUCAUGCGCCCUGAACCAUUCGUCUGCGAUAUACAACCUCGAUCGGAGAGAAGUAGACGGUUGAUCCUGGAUAGCGCUGCAGAAGUAUGGGCCAUCUAACCGAUUAUGUCGUCCGGACCAAAUGGGGCCAAGGCAUGGCCCAGAUAUAUCACCGUUCUCGUUCUUGUGGCUCCUUACUGGUGUCUAUUAUAUUACGACAUCGUGACAAUUUCGUGCAACAUCGAAAGGACAACAAGCUAGAUUGAAAACAAGAGCGAAAAACUGGUCUUACAGGUCGUGAUACAGU